AAAAAUAAAUAAACAUUGAAAAAAAAAAAAAACAACAUAGGAAGACUAGCAGUGGGGGCCCUCACAUGUUGCUUCCCUUUCUGAGUGUCAAAGGUGCAGAGCCAGGUGAAAGAGCUCCUGACUACCCUGUGCAUUCUCGUGGCCAAGCUGGAAGAGGACCUAGACAUCUCAAGGAAAGACCUCAUCCUUUCUGAAGCAAGGAACACUAUAUUACAAAGAGAUGUCCGUGAAGCCGUGGCCCAGAAGGAAGACAUGCAAGACAGGAUCACUACCCUUGAGAAGCGCUGCCUCAGGGCACAGCACAAAGCCACCUCUCUGCACGACCUCAAGGAUAAACUUGAAAACGAGAUCGCAAAGAAGGACUCUCUGCAUCGACAGACUGUGGAUCAAAACCGCCAGUUGCAAGAGCGCCUGGAGGUGGCGGAGCGGAGGCUACAGCAGACCCCAAGGAAGGCCAAGUCGCUGCCCGAGGUGGAAGCCGAGCCGGCCCAGAGGGUGGCCACCCUCUGCAAGGCCGAGCAGAGGCGUGGCAACAUGGAAGAAAGGCUGCGCCAGAUGGAGGCCCAGCUGGAGGAAAAGAACCAAGAACUGCAGCGGGUAAGGCAGAGAGAAAAACUAAAGGAAGAGACUAAUCAACAUCUGUCCAGCACUAUUGACAAGCUCCUGUAUGAAUCGGACAAGCGACUUCAGCGUCAUCUAAAAGAGAGAAUGGCUGCUGCGGAAGAUAAGGAUCAACUUCUACGGAACUUCGAAGCACUGAGGGCCGUAUUAAAGCGGGCAAGAGUGAGAGGCUCUUCGCUUCACCACGGGCGGACGCACGUCGGCAGCAUCCCAGCUUCCAGGUUCCGUCUGGCGGACAGCCCCACGCAUGCCAGCAGCAGCAGCAGCAGCAGCGCGGUGUUGCGGCGCCACCGGAAAGGCCGUGUGGCCCGUCUGCGACAUGAGCCUUCCAAGUUGCUGCCUUUGGAGGAAGAGUCACAAGAUAGCACGGCAAGGACACGAUGUGUACCGUCAGCUCCUUCUUCCCAGAGGUCCCUGAGCUUGGACAGGCUGCAGCAAGGGGCACUGCACAAGGCCAGCCACGAGGACAUCAGGGAUGCCACAAAAUCCCCAGGCUCUCGGGAUGGCCCCUUGAGCAGCCUCAGCAAAACUAGCAAUAGCCAGGACUCACUGACCAACGCACCCAAGAAGAAGGGCAUCACAAAAUCCAUCCGCUGGUUGCUCACCAGAAGACAAAAGGUCCACCCCAGCCACGCUAGCGACGAGCCUGCCUGACCAGUUUACCCACACUGCUUCCACCGAUGGUCUUGCAGCACGCAGAGCCCAGCAGCGACUACAUUUGAAACUUCAACCAGAUCUUUCAUCUGUUAAUCCUUGUUAUAUGGACCCUGAGAUAUUUUAUUACAGUAUUUAAUUACUGAAAAAUUCGUGAAUAGGAUCGAGAAACUCA